AUGUCGUCAGGCGCAGCUCUCGAUGUUGUAGACGCAGCAAUCGCAGACUUCCCAGGGGUAGCUAAGGGGAUGAAGGGCGAAGUUACUGUCGAAAAGCAAGAGCCAUACGGUUCGGCAUCUGAGGAGCUAAUUGGACCAAACGGCGAGCAAUACCCGUCAAGCGAAGACUGGUCGACUCUGCGACGCGUCUAUGGCAAAGUCAACUGGAUGAUUUAUGUCAUUGGCAUAGUCGAAAUGUGUGAGAGGUUUGCCUACUAUGGAACCACAGCUGUUUUUGUCAAUUUCAUCCAGCAACCCCUUCCUACCGAAGGACCUUUUCCUUCAGCUGGUGCUGCAGGCACAAAUGGCCAGGCUGGUGCGCUAGACAUGGGCCAGCAGGCUUCCACUGGACUUGUUCAAUUCAACCAGUUCUUCUCCUAUGUCAUGCCCAUGGUCGGUGGCUGGCUUGCAGACGAAUACUGGGGCAAGUUCAAGACUAUCUAUGUGGCCAUUGGGCUAGCUACCAUUGGCCACAUUCUGAUCAUCGUUGCUGCCAUUCCUCAAGUCAUCGCUACUCCAAACGGGGCGCUAGCUGCGUUUAUCCUAGGGCUGCUUUUGUUUGGCAGUGGAGUCGGCUUCUUCAAGUGCUGCAUCUCUCCCCUUGUGGCUGAGCAAUAUGAGCACAGUCACCCAAGGGCCUACCUUCGCACCGAACCAAGCGGGGAGCGCGUCAUUGUCGAUCCUGGGAUCACCAUUUCGCGUGUUUACAUGCGAUACUAUCUACUCAUUAACAUAGGCGCCCUUACUGGUCAAAUCUCUAUGGUCUAUGCUGAGAAGUACGUUGGCUUUUGGCUAUCUUACUUGUUGCCUACCAUACUCUUUGUCUUCUGCCCUCUGCUCAUGAUGGGGCUAAGCAAGCACUACGUCAAGAAGCCCCCACAGGGAGAUGUGCUAGUCAAGUCAGCAAAGCUAUACGGCUUCGCAAUGCGUGGAAGGUGGUCACUGAACCCUGUUCGGACUUGGAAGAACCUUUCGUCUCCUAACCUGUGGGAUGGCGCUAAGCCGAGUAGCCUUGCGACUAAACCCAACUGGAUGACCUUCGAUGACGCCUGGGUCGAUGAGGUGCGACGUGGGAUCAAAGCAUGCCAGGUUUUCCUUUGGCUGCCAAUCUUCUGGCUCCCCUAUGGUCAGGUCAGUCGCAGGCUUCAAUUACGAGCAACUAGUAGCUGA